AUUCCCGAGCCUAACCCAUCCAACGGUCCAGAUCUCACUUAGCUUAUCGAAAUCAGCGGUUGAGAUCUCGUUUUCGCAUCAACUCCGCACGGUACUCGAUGUCUUGCUUUCGGCCACUCAUGACAAGCAACGAGAGCUGCCUUUCGUCUGCAUACGUGGCGGUGGGACAUACCUUUACCAUGACCAUCUGACAUAUGGGUCCCACUCUAAGGCGGGAACCCAAUUUUCCUCCUUUUUUUUUGGCUGUAACGGAUUCGGUCAUGCUUUGUGAGAGGAGAUGAGAGAGAGAGAGAGUCACAGUCUCGCAGAUACUGUGUCUUGAAAAGAGAGUCUAGAGAGAGAGUGUGUUUGUGUGUCUUGUUUGGUUGUUGGACUAAAAUGAGCUGAAACAGUUUGGAUUAGUUUUGUUUGUUUGUUUCAUCUUCUCAACCACAGAUAUAGUUAAGUUGUGGUAACUAAGGAAGAAAAAAAAAAACCUCUUUGAAGUUCGUUCUAUGAUUUUUGGUGUAUUUUGAGACAUACAAAGUUUAGUACUUUUUUGUCCCCUCUUAUCGGAGCGUGAGUCUUUAUUUUUCGAUUUUUAAUCUUGGAGGAAAAGAGGGAGAAUUUUAGAUAAGAAUCUAUGAGCCAAUGAUUCCAUUCAUCUUCUUUGUGAAGAUUUUGAGUUGAAUUCCAUAUUUCUCUUUCUUGUGGGGGUUUCUCAUUGGUUUUCUCGAGAAUAUAUGUUGUUUGGGAGAAGAGGAUAGGAGCGCUUCACUGUAGCAUAAAAAAAGAGUCUUAACUUUUUCCUGGUUCUUUUAGCUUUGAACAGCUUCAGCUUUCUGGGUUUCUAAGAUUUGUGUCGAAUCUUGAAAAACCCAAAUGCUUUUUCUCUUCGAUGGUUUCGAUUUCAUGAUGCUCGUAAACGCAGCAAUGGAGCAUAGAAGAAGACGAAGAAACGGAUGUAGCAACACUAUUUGUCUCCUGUUAUUCUUCUUCUUAGUCUUCGCUUCAAGAACAAGCACAAGCGCAAGUUGUCGGCGAAGAACUGUGAAGCACUUAUCCACAAAUCCACCUUCAUCUAUACCACUCGAAUCCAGAAUCACUUCCAAGGUUAUCGUUAUUAGCAUCGUCUCAGGGAUUUUAACCGGCUUGGUCUCGGCCUUAGUGUUAGCUUUAUUGGUCCGUUGCAUUGUCAAAUUCAUGAAACAGACUCCAAUUCUCAAAGGUCCUGUGGUGUUUUCCCCAAAGAUUACUCCUAAAUCUCUUCACGCAGCUCUCGGUAAUGGUAUCCAGUUGCUUGGCUCAGACCCAAAUGGUAAAUACUACAAGAUGGUACUCGACAACGGUCUAGUGGUUGCAGUCAAGAGACUAGGCUCACUUGAAGGAAACGGCUCACCAGAAGCAACUAGUAGUAGCAAGUCGGUUAAAAGAAGAUUGCAGAAGGAACUUGAGCUUCUUGCUGGGUUAAGGCAUAGGAACCUUAUGAGUUUAAGAGCUUAUGUUCGAGAAUCCGAUGAGUUCUCUCUCGUCUAUGAUUACAUGCCAAAUGGUAGUCUUGAGGAUGUGAUGAAUAAGGUUAGAGCGAAAGAGGUAGAGCUCGGAUGGGAGAUUAGGCUUAGAGUCGCAGUUGGGAUUGUGAAAGGGCUUCAGUAUCUCCAUUUUAGCUGUGAGCAACAGAUUCUUCAUUAUAACUUGAAACCUACAAAUGUGAUGUUGGAUUCUGAGUUUGAGCCUCGGCUUGCUGAUUGCGGAUUGGCCAAGAUCAUGCCUAGUUCACACACAGCGGUUUCUUGCUACUCUGCUCCCGAGUCUUCUCAAAGUAACAGAUACACCGACAAAAGCGACAUAUUCAGCUUUGGGAUGAUAUUGGGUGUUCUUUUAACCGGAAAAGACCCCACCCUUCCUUUCGGUGGAGAGGGUGCAAGCGGAGGCAGCUUGGGACAGUGGUUGAAGCAUUUGCAGCAAUCCGGGGAGGCACGAGAAGCAUUAGAUAAGAGUAUUCUUGGAGAGGAAGUGGAGGAAGACGAGAUGUUAAUGGCUUUGAGAAUCGCCAUUAUCUGCCUUUCUGAUUUUCCGGCAGACAGGCCUUCCAGUGAUGAGCUUGUUCACAUGCUUACACAACUGCACAGCUUUUAGCCUUAAUGUUCUUGUACCAAACCUAUCUGUGAACCCAAUCCAUGAAAUCCAAACAUCUGUA